AUGUGGACUGAGUGUGUCAAGUCCGAGAGACACACCUUCUCAAGCCUUACAAAAGUACUGUUGCACAAGAAGCUCGUGCAGUUCCUGCCACAACUCCAGGCAGCUGGCAUCCAGUCAGCCUGUGACCUCGAGCGACAUCCCAGGUCGUCCCUCCGUGGCAUCCUCGGCGACGUGUUGCUCGAUGAGUUGUUGGCCUCGGCAGCCCGACCUAGCAAAAAGUCUCGUCAGGACAUACCCCAAGUGCUACCUCGGACCCGGGGCUCUUUGCAACGUCUGGGCAUUGAACCCUCUCCUGCAGGUAAUAACGAGGCGGCCCAGUUAGACUUGGAGGAAGCCGACAGGCUUUUCUUGCGCGACCGAUGGGCCGCAACCUCUCAGGCCCCGAGAGAGAGUCGUUGGGUCACAUGGACCCGCCUGUCAGAUCGCAGAGGUUUUCCCGCCAUUCCGGUCUCCCGUCAGUCCCUCUUUUCCGUUGGUGCCCUGCUGAAGGCGGGAGGGUAUCGCUCCACCGCACAGUACAUUUCAGUGGCCAAGCAGAAGCACAAACAGGCGGGCUUCGUCUGGGGCCCAGACCUCGACGAAGCUCGGGCCCAGGCACUCCGAAGCAUCAACAGAGGCCUUGGACCCUCAACCCCCAAGCUAGACCUCCGGUUAGAAAAUGCGGGCCCCCGUUUCACGCAGGAGGUCAACGUGGCAUUUGAUGAGCUCCGAGUCCCGCAGGCAGACAGGAUCCGGUUCGCGGCCCAGGCAUGCAUCACGGCCUGCUGGUUCAUGCUUCGGGGGAUCGAACUGGCCAACGUGCAGGGCCGGGAUAUCACAUUCAACAGGGCAGCCCGCACGGUCAAGUUGCAACUUCCCGUUCGCAAAACCGACACGGAAGCCAAAGGUUGCUACCGGGUUCACCGGUGCAUAUGUAACCCAACCCACUCGUCAGAGUGUUCCCAGACGACCCCGCCAGAGCUCUUCGGGACGCUGUUUCAAAAGUGCCUAUGCACAGACGGAAUGAGCAAACUGUGCGUCUACCACGCCCUUCUUCAGGUAGUUUUGCAGAUGCGUCGCGAGCAGAGUUGGCGGCCUGACACUCACCUGUUCGUAGCUCAGUCAUCCGAGGUUGCGACGAAAGCCCAGGUAGUGUUCCUGGCUCGCGCCUGUGCCUUUGUUUUGCAACGAGAACAAUUAGAGGAGUGGGGCCACGAUGCAGUUACCAGGUGGUCCCAGCAUGUUUUCCGGGUAGCAGGGGCCCAGCUCUUUGCCCGUUCGUUUUUGGACGUCGCAUACAUACAGUUGCUGGGCAGAUGGGGAGGAUUGGUAGACGCCCCCCAGGCCAGUGUCCCCAGCUUGCCCAGGAGCACAAUGCCCCCAACUCUCGCCCUGCCAGAUCUCGAUGAUGUCGCGUCGCGUGCCGGGUUUGACACUGAGAUGAUCGCUUACCUGUCAGCUAAGGGCAUCACCAAUGCAGGCCUUUUCUUACACUGCUUCACAGACCAGGCAAAGAUCGCCCCGUUCUUCGAACCCUUGCGUGCAGGAUUCGACUUGGCAGGCAACACAGUCAAGAGGUCAGAUGACGAGAGGCUUAUCUUGGAAGCAGCGACCCGGGUAGCCCUCGACGAGCUGUCGGUGCGACGCUCACAGAUGCUGGCCGCCUCAACCCCAGUCCCUGCCGCCCUUCCAGGUGCCUCAGUGUCGUCUCCCUCGUCCGAGUCUCACAAAGUCCCUAAGACCCUGCCAAAGAAUUACUGGUCCGAGUACGUCAAAGAAUUUGAGUCUGUCAUCCUGUUAGGGCGGAAUCGCGAAUUCCCUUCGCAUCUCUUGUUAGGUGCUGAGGAAGUGUUAGCAAGAAUGGUGCAUCAGCACCAAACUUCCAAGCAGUAUUCUCCUGUUCGACUGGGAGAAAUCAUCUCCCUUCGUCAUUUCACACCGAGCAAGGCAGCCAACCCGUUCGCGCCUAAGGACGAUAGCCGCACCAAGAUGAUCCUCGACGACUCAGGUACCUUCACCAAGGCCAUGCGCCAUGUGCCGGAGCCCCAAAAGCUGGUCACCCUGUUAGAUGCCGUGGAGGCGAUCAAGUGGGCCCUCAUGUUCUCCCGUUGGAGUGACGAGCACGAUGCCAGUUUGUGGGCUGAGUUUUGGCAGAACUUGUGUAGAGACUACCCCAAAAACUUCCCCCAAAUUAGGGCUUUCUUGGAUAAAGCGUUCCUUCAUGUUAGCCUGCAGAUGAGGGCCAACAAGUCCUUCCAUGAGGCAUCCUCCGAGGUGUUGACGUGGCCCAAGCAAGACGAGCUGAACAGACCAGCCCCGUUCGACAGCUCCGAGCCCAGGAAGGGCAAAGGGGAACAAGGACCCAAAGGAGACUCCAAAGGCUACAAAGGCAAGGCCUUCGACAAAGGCUUUGAGGGUGGUAAGGGCAAGUUCGUCCAACAGCGGCAGUGGCA